AUGACCAUCAAAAGAUUGGUUUAUUCGAUUUAUUCUCAUCUCAUCAAUCUUACCAUCACUUCAAUCAAUUCGAUCUGGGUACCUAAACCUAUCAGAUUAAGAUCAAAUCAUUCUCUUCAUUCAUCUUACCUUCAAUCUCAUUCAAACUCUUUAGGACUCUCAAACCAAUCUUAUUUGAUUUGUAUCGGUUUAUUGAUCUUGGGUUCAAUCGAAAUCAUCUUUAAUUCUUCAUCACUCGAUCCUCAUCAUCUUCCUCUUUCCAAUGCUCAUCAACUCAAGCUGAUCAGAAACCAAAUGAAAUACGCUCCAUUCGAUUAUCUUAAACAAAACUCUCUCUUACCUGAAUCUAAUUCAAAUUAUAAUGUUUCUUUGAAUUCACUUCAACAUCGUUGGAUUCAUCCUAGACCGUUUUCGAAUUCUUCUGGUAGAUCUUUUGUUAAACAAGAUGUUACCGCUGUACUGCUUAAUUGGAAUCGUCCUGAAAACGUCGUCUUGAUUGUUGCUCAUCUUUGUCGUUAUGAUUUUAUUCAUUCGAUUAUCAUUUGGAAUAAUAAUCAUGAUUCGAAUCCAUUGAAGAAAGAGGAUUUUGUUCAUACUGAAUGUGCAUCCCAUAAACUUUCGAUCAUCAAUUCACCUAGUAAUUUAUACUUUGUGUCGAGAUACUUGGCUUGUUUACAAUCGGUGACCGAAUACUGUUUUUUUCAAGAUGAUGAUACGAUUGUCACUUCGAUUCGUACAAUGUAUCAUCAAUUCAAAUCAGAUCCUAAAUCGAUUGUUGUUCAAUCUGAUCCGAUCUAUUCAGUAAUGUAUGGUCACGAAUGGUGUUUCAAAAAUCAAGCUGGUACAUUAGAUACUUGUUUUGCUUGGUUAGGACAUGGUUCAUUCGUUUCGAAAGCAAUGGUCUUACGGUUCAUGAAAACUGUCUCAUCUCUUUCACUGCCGGCUGAUCAGAUCGCUUUAUCAGAUAACUUCUUUACCACUUCUUUUAAUCAAAAACCUUUGGUUAUGGUCACCUCUAGUAUCUUUAAUUUACCGUCUUUGGCUAUUGGAUUUAGUGAUGGUCAUCAUGGUUUACAACGUAAUCGGAUUUAUAUUCAAAAAGGGGUAGAAGAAUUAUCUAAAAUGGUACAGAAAAACCCAUUAGAAUUCAUACCUAGAAUUAAUUCCAAAGAAGCAUCAAUGAUGAAAUCUACAAACUUUUUGGAUACGUACAUGUUUGUUUGUAAUGUAGAAGUGUUUCCGAAUUUAACGAUUUUUUGGAAUUCUCAAAGGUUUGGUAGUUUGGAGUUGUGGGAAAACCGAUUGGGUAAGGUUGGAAGGAGUUUGUCGAUUAAUGAAGCGGGGGAAGUGGGGAUUGAGGAUGGGGUUUGGAGUGAGGGUGAGGAAUGGGUGAUUAGGUUUCCGGUCUCGGCUGCUGUGGAUGGUGAUCUGUCGACUUGUUGGAGAUCGAUUAAUCCGAUAUCUAAAGAUGAAUUUAUUGGAAUUAAAUUGAUUGAUAAGGUACGAGUGAAUGAAAAGAAACUCAAGAUGGUUUUAACGAUCAAUCGAUCAAAAGAAAUAUUUCAAUCGGUUUUACUUCAAGGUUAUUUUAAUAGUAAAUGGAUCACUUUAAGCUUUAGUAAAUUUGAUUGUGAACGGAUUGAAAAAAAUCAACUUGAACCGUUGAUGAACAGUAAAGGUCAAGAAAAAGAAGGAGAAGGAGAGGAUUGGAUUGAGAGUGGAUGGGUUGGGCUUGGGGGUGGGGGUGAGGGAAGGAGUGCAAGGGGAAGAGGAAGAAGAUGGGUUGGAAGGGAUUCGGUUGGUUAG